AUGGAACAAACCGAAGCUAGUCAAUCAGGUGAUUAUUUAUCAUUCUACACUCAUCCAUUAGCAUCAAUGAAAAUACCAAACUUUAAUCUUUUUGAUACAAUGACAGCUGCUGGAAUAUAUGAUUCAACUAUUAGUUCAUUAUCCAAUGAUACAACAAGACAAUAUAUGGUCAAUCAAGCAUCUUCAGCAUCAGCGUCUGAUACAAGUUCAUCACCUACUAAACAAGCUUUAUCCUAUUAUACAUAUGAGUCUUAUUCACAUAUGCAAAAAAUGAGUGGAAAUUAUCCAGUUAGUUAUGAAUUUUAUCAGUAA